GCGGUGAAAUAAUAACCAUACAACGCAAUGGCCAGAACACCAAGCUGCUACUACUUGUUAACCAUCAUCCUACUCCUAGCAGCACUAGCACUAGCCACCACCACCACCUCCGCCGUCGCUGCCGCUGCAAACGGGAGCUGCGUCGCGGCCGAGAGGGCGGCGCUGCUCUCCUUCAAGGCCGGCAUCACAAGCGACCCGGCCAAUCUCCUCGGCUCUUGGCAUGGCCGCGACUGCUGCCAGUGGAGCGGCAUCAACUGCAGCAGCCGGACCGGCCACGUCGUCAAGCUCGACCUCUACAACCACUUCUUCGAGGAGGACUACAAAGGGAACGUCCUCAGCCAUUCGCUCUCGCUGCGCGGACAGAUAAGUUCUUCGCUUCGUUCUCUGCGAUAUCUCAAGCAUCUAGACCUCAGCGCCAACAAGCAUCUCGGCCAUGGAAUGCCCAUACCAGAUUUCGUGGGUUCUCUUGAUCGCCUGGUGUUCCUGGACCUCUCCUUCAUGAAUUUCAGUGGUAGAGUGCCUCAGAAUCUUGGGAACCUCACCAAGCUGCUAUACCUUAACAUCUUCAAUUACUACGGCGCUACUCACUCGGAUAUUUCCUGGCUGCCACGCCUACAAUCGCUCCAAUCUCUCGAGUUAGGCGGUGUCAACCUCAGCUCAGCGGUUGACUGGUUCCAUAAGGUCAACGCCCUUCCCAACCUGGUUGCACUCAGUCUCGAUAACUGUGCCCUUAAUAAUAGCCUCACUCAUACUACUACUGCUUCACCACCUCUACUCCACAACCUCACUCUUCUUCAGCUCCUUGAUCUCUCCCAAAACCACUUAAACAGUCGAGCUGCAAACAACUGGUUUUGGGGUGUAACAAGCCUCAAGUCCCUAUACAUAUACGACUGUGGGUUCGCGGGAGCAUUUCCUGACGAGUUAGGAAACUUAACCUUGUUAGAGACCCUUCACAUGCCAGACAAUAACUUUGUGGGGAUGAUACCUGCAACACUCAGUGGUCUCUGUAACUUGCAGUCUCUAACACUUAGCAACAACAUCAUCAGUGGGGACAUAGCAGACCUCAUAUACAGGCUACCAACAUGUUCUUGGAAGAACCUGCAAGUACUGUCUUUGGAGGGUAACAACAUCACAGGCACGACAUUAGAAGCAGUGCUACACCUAACCAGCUUACAAGUAUUCAACGUGAUUUCCAAUGACUUGAGAGGUCGCGUGCCUGUGGAGAUUGGGACACUUGCAAAUUUGACUACCCUGUACCUUGCGGACAACGGCUUCAGUGGUGUGUUAUCAGAAAGUCAUUUUGCCGGUCUGACGAAUCUGAAGCAGAUCGACUUAUCCAAUAAUCACUUGGAAGUCAUCGUGGGACCGGAUUGGGUACCUCCAUUCAACUUGAAUUGGGCCGAGUUCGGAUCAUGUCAUCUGGGUCCUCGAUUUCCUCAAUGGCUCCGGUGGCAAAAGGACAUUGACAAACUUCAUAUUCCCAACACAGGCAUCAUUGGUGAAUUACCGAUUUGGUUUUGGACUUCCUUUUCUCGUGCUACAUCUUUGGACAUCUCGCUCAACCAAAUUAGCGGCAAGUUGCCACUUAGUUUGGAGUUCAUGUCAGUGAGGAGACUUCUUCUCCAGUCAAACCAGCUAACCGGCCUAGUACCACUUUUACCAAGAUCGGUUGAGAUAUUGGACAUCUCCAGAAAUAAUUUAACUGGUUUUGUGGCAUCAAACGUUGGAGCUCCUUCUUUACAGUUUGCAAUUCUCUUCUCAAAUAGCAUAACGGGGGCUAUUCCCAAGUCAAUUUGUCAAUGGUCAAAACUUCUCGUCUUAGAUCUUUCAAGCAAUCUGCUGACAGGGGAACUACCUGACUGUGGCACAAAACAGCUGAAACACUGGGAUACAUCUAGCAACAGCACUUCAAUUGCUAAAAGCAAAAGUUCUUCAAGUUUGGAAGUCCGUACUCUCCUUCUAAGGAACAAUAGUCUAUCGGGUGGAUUUCCUCUAUUCCUAAGACAAUGCAGAAAUGUUGUUUUCGUCGAUCUAGCUCAAAAUAGAUUCAGUGGAAAGUUACCAGUGUGGAUUAGUAAAGAAAUGCCUGCUUUGGUAAUACUGCGGCUAAGGUCUAACAACUUUUCUGGAGAAAUUCCAAUUGGAAUAGCGAAAUUUCCCGCCCUUCGAAUUCUAGAUCUAUCUAAUAAUAACUUUUAUGGGGCUAUACCGCAACAUCUGGCAGGCUUAGAAGCUUUGGCUGCUACUGAUAAGGCUCUAGUUCCAGCAGAAAAUCCAUUCGAAGAAGAAUAUCAGGAAAUGUAUUGGUCCAGUGAUACCGGAUUGUUUAAUGAUAGCUUACCAGUGGUAAUAAAAGGGAAAGUACUUGGAUACAGAGAGAACGUCAUAUAUUUGAUGAGCAUUGAUUUAUCAUGCAACAGUUUGACAGGAAAAAUCCCAGAAGAAAUGAGCUAUCUAGCUGGACUGAUAAACCUGAAUUUAUCAUCGAACUUCUUGAGUGGACAAAUCCCAUACAAAAUUGGCAAUAUGCAAUCACUAGAAUCUCUUGACCUCACAAAGAACCAUCUCGCUGGUGAGAUUCCCUGGGGAUUAUCAGAUCUGACAUCGCUAGCCUACCUAAAUUUGUCAUAUAAUGAUCUAUCAGGAAGAAUACCCUCGGGCCGCCAACUAGACACACUCCAAACAGAUGAUCCUGCAUCUAUGUACAUUGGAAAUCCUGGUCUUUGUGGACGUCCAGUUCCAAAGACAUGUCCUGGAGAUCAACCAACUCAAGGAGAUUCGGUGGAAUGGCACAAACAUGGUCUAUUUCAAAUGGAUUUUCUGGUUAGCCUAGUUGUGGGGUUUGUGGCAGGCGUCUGGAUGGUAUUUUGUGGCCUUCUGUUCGCUAAGAAAUGGAGGGGUGCUUAUUUCAGAUUAUUUGACAAGUUAUGUGACAAGGUUUAUGUCAUCUCUGUUGUUACUUGGCACAAAUGGUCCGGAAUCAAUGGUGAAAAUUAAGCUAGUAUGAAAACGUAACUGAGGGUAUUGCUCUGUAUCAAGAUGUUGCUAAUCAAAUAAGGAGGUUGUGGGGGUUAAUACUACAUUAUUUUCUGUGUCGUGACUUCGUCAUUAUGGGCGAUUGACAUUAGGAUGUUAAAGCAGCGAUGGAUUUUAGUUUUCUUUAGGUGGCUUAUUCUUGCUGAGACUUUAAGUGAUUCAUGAGCUAUAAUACUUUGUAAGACUUAUGUGCUAAUAAAAUAAUAAUAAAAAUCA